AUCCCAGCCCUAUUUUGUAUUUUAUUUAGAGAAGGGACUUAUUGAGUUGCUUAGCACCUCGCCAUUGCUGAGGCUGGCUUUGAACUCGCGAUCCUACUGUCUCAGCUUCCCAAGCUGCUGUGAUUACAACUUGCGCCACCACGACUGGCCCCCCCCCCUUUUUUUUCCCCUUGGUUCAUCCGGAAAAGCGAAAGGUGCAGAAGCAAAGCGAGGGAUACAUGCAUCUACUGUGUCCCUACACAUCCUUGACUCAGUGAGACAGUCUUUAAGGUUUAGCUGAAUGCCACAGCCCGGCCUCUUGAUGCAGUCUGAAUCCAGCAGAUGUGAAGAGGAGACCCCAUCCCUCUUCUGGGGUUUGGAUCCUGUAUUUCUAGCCUUUGCAAAACUCUACAUCAGGGAUAUCCUGGGCAUGAAGGAAUCCGGCCAAGUGCCAGGUAUAUUUUUGUACAAUGGUCAUCCAAUAAAACAGGUAGAUAUUCUGGGGACCGUCGUUGGAAUGAGAGAAAAAGAUGCUUUCUACAGUUAUGCAGUGGACGACAGCACUGGAGUAAUAAACUGUAUCUGCUGGAAGAAGUCGAGCCAUCCCGAGUCUUCGUCAGCUGGUCCAAGUGCAGCAAGUGAGCUGAGUCUGACCUCACGGCUUAAGAAGCUUCAAGAGACCAUUGAGCAGAGAACCAAGGUAGAACUUGGGGACAUUAUCCGAAUCAGAGGCUACAUCCGCACAUACAGAGAAGAGCGAGAAAUUCAUGCCACUGCUUAUUACAAAGUGGAUGAUCCAGUGUGGAAAAUUCAAAUUGCAAGAAUGCUUGAGCUGCCCACUCUCUACAGGAGAGUUUAUGACCAGCCCUUCCACAGUCCAGCUCUAGAGGAAGAAGCAGCAGGAGGCAAUCCAGAAGCCCAAGACCUUACCAGUCUCACGUGUUUGCUGAGUGAAAAAAUCAAAGAGUUCCUCGUGGAGAAGAGAGUACAAACCUUUUACCAGCAGGAGCUGGAAAUGGUGCCGUCUUUGCUGACUCUUGCCAAUCAGCCCGUGAUUCAUAGCACCUGCUCCGACCAAGUGGAGUUUAAGAAUGACACCCCUUCCAAGGCAAUUCAUAGUGUAUUUAAGAAUGCUAUUCAGCUGCUACAGGAAAAAGGACUCGUUUUCCAGAAAAGUGGUGAUUUUAAUAACCUGUACCAUGUAACUAGAGAAGACAAAGACCUGCACAAAAAGAUCCACCGGAUCAUUCAGGAAGACUGCCAGAAACCCAGUCACAUGGAGAAGGGCUGCCACUUCCAGCAUAUCUUGGCCUGUGUGCACCUGAGCCUCCACCCGGGCCUGAGUGAGGCCGUGCUGCGGCAAGUGCUGGAGCUGCUGGAGGACCAGAGUGACAUCAUCAGCACAAUGGACCGCUACUACAAGGCGUUCUGAGCAGAGGCCCUCGGAGUGACUGAGGAGCAGAAGGACAAGGUGGCAUUCGCCCCAGGUUCUAAUUGUAAACAUCUUGCAGGGCUUAUGUCUGGAAGAAGUCACCUCAUAAUAAACCUAACCCUACUUUAGUAUGGUCACUUGGGGAAUGAGAUGUAGCUGCCUCCUAUGUGCUGUGACUUUGGGGUACAGUGACUUUGAUCUCAGCCCCUCACACAAGAAAUUCCUCCCUGUUGACUUCCUGUCUGAAUGGGGCAUGGCUCAAGGAGCAGAAUGGGGAGGAAACAGUAUUGUCACCUUAAUUGGUGUAUUUGUGGCUUGAGGCCCUGUCCUGGUGAAGGGACAUCACAGGGUCAAAGGCACUGCACUGCACUGUAGGAUCUCAGGAACCUAUGGCCAGAUCACCAGUUCUAAGCUUGGCAAGCCUUCAGGCUGUCACCUGUGUCCCUGUGGCCACUCCCAGUGGGUAGGAACCAGGCGAGGGAGGGGUUCUUCCUGGAUGACAGCCCCUCACCUCUGCUUUCUGAGACUCCAGCACCAGUGGCGGGGCCUGAGGUUUGCUGCUGUUUACUGAUUCCCCCAGAGAUGGAAGUAGGCAGGGGUUCGAGGUGUAGCUCUGUAUUCAGCACUUAUUUCCCUUCUAAUUAAAAGGUGUUACAGAACAAUUCCCUGCACUCCCAGUGUUGCAGGACUAAACACAUGGUCCCUCAGUGCCUCUGCAAGGGACAGAGGUGUCAGUAGCCUGGCAGGGGUAGAUGUGAUCUUCAAGGUUGCUGUUGAGUGUGCCAGAGGUGCUGACGCCAUCAAGAUAGAGACUCCUGGUGUGUGCCCAGACAGGUGAUGGAGUCAUGCUUUUGCUCAGAAUGACAAGGUAAAGAAAAACCAUCUGAGGCAUGUAGUAAGCUUGUUCUAACAGAAAACGACAAAUCCAGCCAGCAAAAAUAAAGCAUGGAGAAACAGAUUUGGAGUUAAUUACAGUCAUUUUGCAGAAGGCACAUCUGCCUUCAUCUGCUGUGUUGGCUCUUGACCUAAUAGAGUCUCAGUGGCUUAGCUGGAGAUACUGUAGGCCCGGAGAGCUGUUCUGCCCUCUGUGGACACGGAGUGGUUUCUACCCUCACAAGUCCGCCUCAGCUGCAUUUGUCAGGCAGAGAGCUAGUACCUGCAGCUUGACCCACACUUCUGCCGACUUCUAACAUUGUUGUACAGACAACUGUCCUGUUUCAACUAUGCUCAGAAAGGUCUCUGAAUAGGCCCUUCCUGGAAUGAACUCCCAGUAGUUCUUCAAUCUGUGGUAUUUCCAUAUUGAAUAUAUCUUCGAUUAGUGGAGCCUCCCAGGAGAGUCUGGAAUCAGAACAGAAAAAGGGCAUGUCCUGGCAUAGAGCAGCCGAGGGGUUCAUCUCCAGGAGAUAACUACACAGUGUGAGAGGAUGAAUCCACAGGCGCGAGUCACAGGGUAAUCUAGAGUUCUAUGAUUAGGGGAAAGCUUUAUAGAAUACAAGUUAAUUACAAUCUAUGUAUACAAUGAAAUAUUAUGCAGCUGCUAAAAUGUUGGAACAGAUGGAUACAAUUGCUACAGGGUACUAGUGAUAGAUUAGUGAGAAGGAAAUCGAGUUAAAGAUGUGUUUGUAUAGUAUAGUACCCUGGAUCUAAAGCUCCCUCUGUGCGUGUCCUACAUCAAUGGUGUGUUUCUGCAUAUGUGUCAUUUGUUCCUAUAGCACAUGUACACAAAGACGUAGAGUUGGUCACUCCCUCCUCCUAGAAGUACCUGCUGCACUUGGCUUUCAGGACACCGCACUCCCUGGCUGUACCUUUCAGUGGUCAGCCUCUAUCUCCCUGAAGACUCAGGGCCAGUCCCAGACCUCAUCUCAGUUUGGCUUAUAGCACUGGGGCUCUGUCACACUGUCUCAGUGCUAUGCAUCUCCUCAUGCUCAGACCUCUGUAUCCAGCCUCCUGCUGACAGAGUGGAGAUGACACCACAAGCUUAAUCCGCACCCAUCCAGGCUCCCAGCUGCCCUGACUUCCCCUCUGACCCUUGUGCAGUUUUCCUGGUUUCCCAGGCUGUCUGUUGGCUUCUUUCUUUCUUACACCCCAUAUUCAAUCUGCUGCAGAUCAUCUUGGCUCCACCUUCAAAAUGUUUCUGGCCGCUCCCACUCCCCCUGACUUUUGGUCUCCCUCUAGGUAGGAGCCUGAGGCUUGCCAGUGACGGGAAGCCUCCUUCCCCUGGCCUCUCCUGCUGAGCCCCUGCCACUCUGCUCAGCUUUAGGCGAGGCUGCUUUCACACCCCAGGUGCACUCUUGCCUUAGGGCCUUGGCAUUUGACAUUCUGUCUGCCUAGAAUGUUCUUUGCCCAGAUAAUCUCCCCUCUUUCAGGUCUUUGCUGGAGUGUCACCUUCACAGUGGGGCCUGCCCGCAGCCUUCUUUGCUGAUUGUAGCCAUCUUGUUCUCCCUCCUCCUCAGCUUGUGGAUGCCUCACACACUCCAGAUGUUUCUUACCUGCCCAGUUUAUGGUCUGCCCCUCUGGUAGAAGGAAUGUUGCAUGAGGGCAAGGUUUUCUUUUCGUUUCCGUCUGUCCCUAGCACUGAAAGCAGUGCCUAGCACAUCUUUGAGAACUUCCAGCUGCCAGGGUUUGCCUUCCUAGUGGCUUUCUCCAGAGCUUAGAAGGCUGUUUCUACUGAAGAGUACAGAACCAACAUCCCCUGGGAGCAGCCUCCUGUGUAGAUGUCCCAGCUCCCUUGCCUUCAGGUAAGAGGUUGUCACAGCACAUGUUCUACACUAUCUUCCAGAGCUCUGCAGGAUGAAGCAACAUGCACCCACAGUAGCUGCCAAUUUGAUACCCACUAGUCUGAUCCUGCCUGUCUCUCUUCCUUCUCCCAAUUCCUGUUCAGUAGACCUCUCAGAUGAAUUUCUUGCUCUAUAGAAGCCUUUGCCUCAGGAUCAGCUUUUGUAUGAGCACACCAUGCUCACUGAUAUAUUUGGGAAAUGCAUGAAUAAUUAUAUACACCCAAAGAAAGAUUACUAGAAAUGUUUAUUGAAGUAAUACACCUAUGACUUUUGAAAAGUAAGAUGUCAGGUCUACAGCCAGGUGUGGUGGCUCAUGGAAGACCCCAUCUCAAACAAUAGUAAAAAUAAAAUAGUAUUGACCAAAUUAUAUUGUUAUAUCAUGUACCUAUGUGAACAUGUAACAAGAAAUCACAUUAAUGUGUAUAAUUAUAAUGCACCAAUAAAAAAUAUGGAAAAAAUAA